AUGGCGGUUGCAUCUCCACACCCCUCGUACUCCUCGUCACCGUGUGAGCCAGUUAGAAUUAUGGAGCAGUCUUUGGAGGAGGUAAUCUACACUGACGGCUGUGUUCUGGAUGAUGGAAAAGCAGGAUAUGGAGCGUAUUUUGGUCCUAAUGAUGCGAGAAAUGCUAGCUAUUUCUUCACUGAUGGGCCCAGAGAUCUACACCGAGCUGAAGCAAAGGCUAUUUCUCUUGCACUUAACAGAGUGAGAAAUGUACCCGAGGUAAGAGUCUUGUCUAAUUCAGAUGUUAUUGUUGACGCUAUUUACAGCAACGAGACAGGUGAUCCUGAAUGGUCAAGUGAAAUAGGCGAUAUUAGAGUGCGGAUUAAUGUCCUAACCAAGAAUAAUAUUCAUGCUGAAGUUUACAAAAUCGACAGCGAUGAGAUACCUGGAUUUGUGCAUGCUAGAAAUCUAGCUUUCCAGGCAGCCAAGGCUUCGAAAGUUAAGGAGGUGACUGAAGACUUCUAA